UGGUUACAGAUAGGUCAACAAACAAUCUAACAAUUAAGCAAACCAUGUCAUACAUUACGUCUUAUUAAAAUUUAGUGAUCAAAUAUUUGACCAACGAAGCAACUGAAAGUUUCGAAUUUUGAAACGUCAUUUAAAAUUGGCUAAGCGAGAAAAAAAAUUAUCCCGCUUUGAAUUCUGUGCGCAAAUCGGAGAGAGAAAAUUCGCUAACAAGUAUGUCACGUUUUGUUCACGUGACCUUGAUUCUGGCUACUGUUUUGUUCGGAGUCUGCCUGGGAGUAAGGAAAGGGAGCUGUCCCAAGGUCAAACCCAUCACCUUCGACCCAAAUGAUCUAGGGGGAACCUGGUAUGAGGUCGCGAAAGUAGACAAUUCGGCCAAGAACAAGCGGGUGUGCAGCACUGCAGAGUUCACUUUCACAAAAAACAACAAAAAUGAGUGGAGCUUUCAGAUGAACAGCACUAGUUACGUGGAAGGGACUCACUUUGAAAGUAUGAUAAUAGAACCAAGACCAGCAUCGGCAAAUUUGAAAGGGGAGUUCAUGGUCGGGCCCAGCUUGAUCACAAGUCCCAACUUCUUCCUAAUUUACUCCGAGCCCAACUUCGCCCUCACUUUCUUAUGUCAACCCGUUAGUCCCUUUUUCAAAUCAGACAAGGCCUGGAUCAUGAGCAGAGAACAGCACGUCUCGCCUGAAGACCUGUUUCGACUGGAGAAAAAACUGAGAUCUCUCCAAGUUGAUCUGAAAAUGACAAAGGUAAAUCAAAAGCACAGCGCUUGUUAUGAUGGCGAAGUUUCAACAAUAGAUGAUGCAAAAUCGUCAGGUUCUGAGCAACAAGAUGACCCGGAAUCGGAAACUCAGCAGGAAUCCGGAUUGAAGUGGGACUUCGCUCUUCUGGACGAAAUUGAAGUUUGAAAGAGUUCGGAAGGAAAGAAAAAACUAAUUUUAUUUAUACAGCAUCCAGAUUCAUCAAUUUACAUCAAAAUUGCUAAAUUUGCCAUGUCACGAAAUUCGUAUCACUCUGCAUGGUUAACUUACCAUGGUGCACGAAGUAUGAUUACGGUGAGAAAAAAAAAUAAAAAGAGCGACAUAAAAUUGCGCUGAAAACCUUUAAAUUAUGUUAACAUAACAUUGCU